AUGGCAUCUCCUGACUCAUGGAUGCGAGAAUUCAAUGAUGCUUCAAAGCUUGCUGAUGAAAUCAAUGGUAUGAUUUCUGGAAGGAGUUCAUUGCCACCCUCUGGACCUGAAACACAACGUCAUAUGUCUGCAACUCGAAGAAAGGUUACAAUACUAAGGACAAAGCUUGAGACUUUGCAGUCACUCUUGUCUAAACUUCCUAACAAGCAGUCAAUAACUGGGAAAGAAAUAAAUCGUCGUAAAGAGAUGCUCAAAAAUUUGAGUUCUAAAGCUGAUCAAAUGGCUAUUGCUCUCAACAUGUCUAGCCUUACUAAUAGACAGAACUUGCUUGGCCCUGAUAAGAAGAUGGAUGAUAUAAUGAGCAGAACGGCUGAUUUAGACAACCAUGGUCUUGUUAGCUUUCAACGGCAAAUCAUGAAGGAACAAGAUGAAGGACUUGAAAAAUUGGAGGAGACAGUUAUUAGUACAAAACACAUUGCGUUGGCAGUAAAUGAAGAACUUGAUCUGCACACUAUGCUUCUGGAUAAUCUGGACCAGCAUGUGGACUCAACAAAUUCCAAACUACAGCGGGUGCAAAAGAAAUUGGCUGUGCUGAACAAACGCACCAAAGGCGGUUGUUCUUCUUUGGUCCUACUGGUUCUUGCGGUUGUGAUUUUAACAAUUGUUACCUGGGCAUUGAUUAAGUACUUGUAA